AUGGAUGGUAACUCAUGGUUACAAGGACCCCCUGUCUUCUUACAGAACCCUGAAGACUGUGGUGUCAUCGACAGUUUCCCUGAGAUGGAAACUGAAAGGCAAGCAGUACCCCCUGAAGAGAAGCAACAGUGCACAAUGCUUGGCUCAAAGAGAUUUGAACGGUUUUCAAGAUGGGACAGUUUGGUGAGAGCUCUUUCGCGGCUUAGAACUUUUACAAGGAAAAGCCGUCAUUCAACAGACAUUGAGGCCUCAACUGAGAAUGAUAGUAAACAUGUAUACACAGAGACCGAGACAUUCAUCAUGAAACAAGUCCAGCAAGAGAUGUUUGAGAAAGAGAUUAGCUGCAUCAAAAUGAAGUCUCCUCUCCCUAAAGACAGCCCUAUAGCAGCCUUGAACCCAGUGCUGGAUGCAGACGGCGUGUUGAGAGUAGGAGGUAGACUUGGUAAGUCGGACCUUGAAAGAAAUCUCAAGCAUCCUGUAAUCAUUUCAGGUAAACACUAUGUUGCAGUCUUACUGGUAAGACAUCAUCAUGACCUCAUCCAACAUCAAGGACGUCACUUCACAGAAGGUGCCCUCAGGUCUGCAGGCUGGUGGAUCAUGGGUGUCAAGAGACUAGUAUCUAGCGUCAUCCACAAGUGCGUCACAUGCAAGAAACUACGAGGUCAACAGGAAACACAGAUCAUGGCGGACUUGCCCGCAGACAGACUCACCAGAUCACCUCCAUUCACUUACGUGGGAGUCGACACGUUCGGACCUUGGGAGGUGAUAACUCGUAAAACAAGAGGAGGAGUAGCCUAUAGCAAGAGGUGGGCAAUAUUGUUCAAUUGCUUAGUUACAAGAGCCAUCCACAUAGAGGUGACAGAAGAAAUGUCAACAUCCUCAUCCAUUAACGCUCUUCGACGAUUUGUUGCCCUCCGCGGCAAAGUACAACAGUUCAGAUCGGACAGGGGUACAAACUUUCUUGGAGCUACAGAGAUCCUUAAGGUUGACACUGUGAACGUUGAGGACAAACCAGUUCAGGACUUCUUGAGUAAAGAACAAGCUAAGUGGCUCUUCAACCCACCCCACUCGUCUCAUAUAGGGGGUUCAUGGGAACGAAUGAUCGGACCCGUCCGAAGGAUCCUAGACAGGAUGAUGAGUAAUGUGUCUCCAAAGAAAUUCACCCAUGAAGUUCUGACAACCUUCAUGGCCGAGGUGUCGGCCAUUGUCAACUCUCGCCCCAUCGUACCGGUUUCAUCAGACCCUGAACAACCACACCUGUUGACCCCAGCAACAUUGUUGACACAGAAAACAGACCAUGUUGUGUCUCCUCUCAAAGGCUGUACAGGUUCUAUCAAAGAAUUGUAUCUCAAAGAGUGGAAACAAGUACAAGCUCUGGCUGACAUGUUUUGGAACAGGUUCAGGGCAGAAUACCUCCAGACACUACAACAGAGACAGAAGUGGCAACAUGGGAAAGAAAACAUCAAAGAUGGUGAUGUUGUGCUCUUGAAAGAGAAAAACAUACAUCGCAAUGACUGGCCUGUGGGCAGGGUCAUAAAUGCUAUCCCAAGUAGCGAUGCGAAAGUCCGAAAAGCUGAAGUACAGAUUGUUAGAGAUGGAAAGAUUGUAACUUUCACCCGACCUAUCACUGAGAUAAUUCAUUUGUUAUCUCCAGAAAUUUGA